GCGAUAGCCUCAUCAACCUCACCAGCCCACCAGCCCUGUCGCCUUGGGGGGAGCCGCGCAUCGCCAUGGACUCGUCGCAGGACUUCAAUUCCCUCCAGGAGGGCAUCCAGAAGGCCCUCAUCUCCACCAUCAAGUCCGCCAAUCGCAUCGCGUCCCACGACCUGGCCUUCCAGCGAACCGUCAACCCAGACGUUGCCGAGCAGCUCGACGACCAGACGUCGCGCAUUCUCGACCUCUCGACGCGACUGCUGAGCUCGGCGGCCAAGGCAUGUGGCGUCAAGGCGCCCAAGCUGGAAGAUCCCGAAGAUGUCGACAUGAACUGGCGCAAAGUGGUGGAUGUCGUGGACUCUGUGCUGGAGAAGGCGGACCGGGCCCUAGACGAGUAUACGGGGCUGAUCAAGCAAAGAGACAACGGAGACUCGGAUUCUAAUUCAAAGACAAAACAAGCCAAAUCAACGAGCAAAGUCAUUCGCAAUGCCAACGUCAAGAAGCCGCAGCUGGACUUUGAAAUCCCGCCGAACAACUUCCCCGAUGGACCUUGGAAGCCCCUGUUGACGGAGAAGCCGCACGCCAAGGUGCCUCUCGAAGACAGUCUGGUCACAUUUGUUGGAGACAAUGGAACCACUCAAUACAAGCAUCCGUAUGAGCCAGAGAUCUUGUCAAUGCAGUACCCCGAUCGAGUCUUCCAGGUCCUUGACCCCAUACCCCCCCAACCAGUCGAGACGACAUCAGCCACGUGGGUUGAUACAUACGAGGGUGUUCUCGAGAUGCUCCAGGAGCUGAAACAAGCAAAGGAAAUCGCAGUCGAUCUGGAGCACCACGAUUUCAGGACUUACAUCGGCCUUGUGUCCUUGCUGCAGAUCAGCACUCGGGAGAAGGAUUGGAUCGUUGACACAUUGAAGCCCUGGCGUCACAAGCUCCAGGUGCUCAACGAAGUAUUCGCCGACCCUACCAUCGUCAAGGUCUUCCAUGGCGCGUACAUGGACAUGGUUUGGCUCCAGCGAGACCUUGGACUCUACGUCAAUGGUCUCUUCGACACAUUCUUCGCAAGCGAUGCCCUGCAUUACUCUAGCAGAAGCUUGGCUUUCCUUCUCUCCAAAUUUGUAAACUUCGACGCCGACAAGCGAUAUCAGUUGGCCGAUUGGAGGAUACGACCUAUCCCUGAAGAGAUGCUGUUCUACGCCCGCUCAGAUACCCACUUCCUCCUCUACAUCUAUGACAAGAUCCGAAACGAUCUGGUACAAGUCUCGGACCGCAGCAACCCCGAUAAGGACCUCAUUGGCCGUGUGCUUGAGAAAUCGCGAGAGCUUUCCCUUUCACGUCAUGAGCAUCCCGAAUUCAACGAAGAGACGGGCGAAGGGUCUAGAGGCUGGUACAACUUUGUCCUGAAGAACUCGCACUUGGGCUACAAGAGUGAGCAGUUUGCUGUUUUCAGAGCGCUCUGGAAGUGGCGAGACGUUACUGCGCGCACGGAAGAUGAGAACCCUAACUUUGUGCUGGGCACAAACAACCUGGUCGAUAUUGCGCGCGCCAACCCCCCCGAUGCCAAAGCUCUGCACAGCCUGCUGCCACUCACUGCUGCUCUGGCCCGAUCUCGGGUCAAUGAGAUCUGGAGCCAGAUUCAGGAGCUAAAGGCACAAGGCGGCCCGACGCUGCUGCAGUUCUUUACAUCUCGUGAUCCAGCAACAUUACGGCAUAAUGCUGCAGCUCCCCGAGCAACAAGAGCACAAAAUGCAGCCUUGAAGAUGGAAGAAGCAGCCAUUGCGGCCAAACUGCCGCGCUCGCAGCUGUUUGGGGAUGUCGCUGUCAGCUCGCGAUGGGAUGGAACGAAGGAAGCGGAGAUUGCGGAAGAAGAAGACUACUUCCCCUUCCCUUGGCAAAGGUUUGUCGAAGAUAUCACAGACUAUGUGCCUGUCGCCGAGCCUGUGCCAGCGGAAGAAACCGUGAAGGAACCAGUUCCCCCUCCGGAGGUUGAGAAAGAUGAAGAAUUUACCCUGCGAAGAGGACAGAAGAGAAAGUCCGAGGCCAUUGAAAACGACGAGCCUUCACCCAGUGAGGAUGAGUCGGCUUCCGACAACGACGAAGAAAUGGAGGAUGAUAACAGAGACAGCAACGCCGUCAUUGAGAUCGAAGCUGAAGAACCACCUCCCAAGGCGGCUAGGAAGGCGAAGAAGCUGGAAAAGAAGAGGAAGCGAGAAGAAGCCAAGAAGGCUCAGGAGCAGCAGCACUUGGAGCUUCGUACCAAACGGCAAGAGGAAAAGCUUGCUCGCAAAGCGCAGCGAAAGACUCAGACGCAGCAGCAGGCCGACACGGGAGAUCGCGCCAAGUACCAGGCUGUUCCUUUCGACUACAGCAAAGCAGCAUCCGUCCUUCACGCCAAGAGAGAGGAUACCAAGGCGGCGGCUCCCGAAGACAAGAAGAAGGUGUUUGACCCAUAUGCGAAGACGGGCGAUGACGAGAUUAAGCCGGCAAGACGGAUGCCGCCAAUCAGGGGUGAGAGGAGUGCUACGUUCAAGAAGUGAUUGGGAGAGGGUGGUGGUCGGUUACGAGCAUAGAUUGGCCUUCGGUUGGGCAUACAGGGAGAAAACGGCGUUGUACAUAAUUGAAUCUGGGAGCCUUUCAAGAGCUUCCCAUCUGGACAAA